ACCAACUAUUGAUAUGGCUUGAGCGUUACACUACCAUAAAGGGGUUUAUUAAUAACCCAGCAGGAGGGAAUGGUGGAAGGACUGCGGUACAAGUGGAUUCAGUGUGGACAAGAGUAGCCAGGAUGUGGACAGUGCGGAGUAGAGUGGUACUGGGACUCCUGGCAGUACUUGGAAUAUCAGGAAGAACCGUUAACCUUUUGUCUCCCUCCCUCAGAGAGCCCCACAAGGUCAAUUCCGUUGGUAUUCUUAUCGAGGAACUCAUUUCUGGUCCCCUGAGAAACUGCAACAUCUUCCUUCUUAUGGACAAACAUUCCCGUGACUGGAUACCUGCACAGUGGAGCGACGCGGCGACUACCUUGAUUGCAACUCAAGAAGACAUGGCAUUGGGACGCUACCCGACACAUUACUUGCGAGGUUCGAACUACGUAGCAAUUCUUAUAUUUUCUAAGCCGCCUACCACCCUCCUACAAAAUCUAGCGUUGUCUGAUAUAUGGAAUCCAUCCUUUCUUUUACUGAUCAAUACGAACAGCUCGCAGUUCUCGUCGAGUGUUCUGAAUGAUGGCGUAGUGCAACGGUCCCGUCACGUGGUCUUGCUGCAGGCUUUCCUCAAAGGUGCCACCACCUCCUAUACCGUAUUCACCACCCUCCCUUUCCGUGCGGGGUCAUCUCGUACUCUCAUAGGCAUCUGGGAUGAAAUAAAGAAUAAAUUAACGACAGGCUUGUUCGUGGAUCGCCACCCCAGCAUGGAAGGUGCCGUGCUUCGUCUGGGCUCUUGGUGUGACGAUUAUCCAUUUAUUUACCUCCGUCACAACCAGUGUGUCGGGACCAAUUUGGACACUUUGGAUCUAUUAGCUGCCAAACUCAAUUUCAGCUACAAGGUGCAGAUGGAGACCCAGGAUCAGAAAUGGGGCUCGCUGGAGGAUGGCCGUUGGACAGGCAUGCUUGGGGAUUUGGUGUACAAUGAGAAGCACCUUGUCAUCAACCUCUUCCUUGUAAACUACGAGCGAUGGCAGAAUUUCGACAUCACAUAUCCUUAUUAUGCUGAAGGUUUUGGGUUUUUGGCUCCCCUGCCUUUCCCUGUCUCUCAGUUGCAGAGCCUUGUCUACCCCUUUGCCGGCACCAUGUGGCUGGCCCUCAUCGUCUGCACCCUCUUCACGUCUCUUCUGUCCACCGUCCUGUCCGCCUUUGUGUUGAAACAGAGUGAUUAUAGCAAACACUGCAUGAUGGUGUGCAGUGGUGUCCUGCGGCAGGCGGUGCUGCUGAAGGGCCGCCGGUGGCUGGCAGCCUGGUGGCUGUCCUGUAUCAUCGUCACCACUGCUUACACCAGCAAUCUCAUUGCCUUCCUCACUGCACCUAUGUACCCAACACGAAUAGAAACCGUGUCUGAACUAGUUCAGUCUCCCUUCAGGUUACUGAUGCAAGACUAUGGAAACUUCGUCCCAGGUGCUCUUAAGGUGUCCAGUGACCAAAGUCUCGCGGCUCUGGGCAAGAAGCUGGACCUGCUGCCUGUGGAGGUGGGCUAUGCGACCUGCGUCAGUGCCGUGCUCAACCACACCCACGUCCUGGGCGAGACUUACUCAUAUCUCCGCAACCUUCAGAUACAGCACAGCGCCAUUCGUCACUCCUAUCUUAUGAAGGAACAGAUCUAUUCGGGCCACAUGUCCUGGAUCUUGCCAAGAAACACCCCCUACACACACAAGAUCUCGCGACUCCUUACCAUAUUGCGGGAGACAGGCUUUCUUAACAAGCUUUAUGCUGAUCACUUUGCAACCAGUGAGCAUGUAAAUGAGGUAAGCAUACACGUUGCAUGCAGUUUGCCGAUACAUUCAUUUAUUUUCUUCAAUAGUGCUCAGCUGUGUUCACGCAUUACUUCUGAAUCCCAGCUACGCAUCUCCAAAAGUUAAUAGGAGAUACUUAGAUUUAUUUCUGUUUCCAAGGUAUCUCCUGAGCGGCCCAGCAGGCUGAGUGUGGAGCAGCUGCAGGGAGCUUUCCUGCUGCUCCUGCUGACACUGGCGGUUUCUAUUAUUUCAUUUCUUGCUGAAUUAA